GGCGCUAGCCGUGUAAUAUUGACAUCUAGUCAUACAUCUUGGAUGUGCUCUGAAUACCGCGUGAAUUUACUGACUCCGUAUCCAAGCAGUACGUACUUUAAGAACUAAAGCCCGCUAUUCGUAGUUCUGGAGCGAAUUGAUUAAGUUUUACCAAAUGACUGCGGUGCUACCUUCAACAAUCAUGGAAUUCAAUGCAGACUCAUCGCAACAUGUAGGCGUCAUGAAGCAAGAACAUGUUAUUACACAAAGCUGUUCAUCGCAAGCUUCUGCUUGGGGCAAAGAUUCAACCACCAACAAACGAAGAUUGUCUAACGCGUCAAAUGAAACACCACAGAGAGAAAUCGAAGAAGACCCUUUUCCACUUCAGAAAAAGAUAAAGACGGAACCAAAAGAUGACUAUGAUCUUGCCGAGGAGGAAUGUGCGAGGAAAGCCAGCGACUCUUCCAUACAGACGGAAGCAAGUAUUAUCCCAGAGAGAUGGAAAUAUGAACAGAACAAUUCCGCGUCGCCUGUUUUUGAGAGAAUACCCAGUUUUGCUGCAGAUGAGUGUCACCAUUUCAUGAAUGAUAACUGUAAACAGUGUUUCAUCAAUGAGACGAGGCAGACUGAUAUAGAAGGCAACUCCUUACAUCGUCGUAGACAGAUACGAGAAUUUGAACAGGGUGGAGAGGAGCCAUUGAGUAACAAGAUCCGAGUGUGGAAAGAGAAACGAUUGGAGAAAUCGCAAGUAGUUCGUGGACUUGUACGAAAUGCUGAAGGUUUCUACCAAAGAACCGGGGUGACUGAUGAACAAGAAGGGAUAUGUGAACAACCACUGUACGAGCACCAGUUGCUACGCGACGACUCGCGUGGACAGCACGUCAUGCAACCUAGUAAUGCAGGUGAACAAAUUGAGAUACCAGGUGAACAUCAUGUGACCUCACAAGAGCCACGUGUUAUUACCAGUGAUCAUCACGUGAUCGCAUCACGUGAACAACAUAUGAUCAUAAAUGAGCGGCCUGCAGCACCAAGAAGUAGCCUGGAAUCACAAAGUUCCGAGGAGGAGACUGGAAAGAAUGGCGAACAAAACUUUGGCAUUAUUCGUUAUCUGUUGACACGUAACAAUUCGAGUGGACCAAGUAUAGUCUCCACUGAGGGAAAUGUGGAAAUGCAGGGGGAUACUUCUCCUGUACCACCAGAAAAUAAUCCCAUCACAAUGGCUGCGACGAGCAUGCCAGUUGUCCUCACAAGUCCAGGUGUAGUUCCCCCAUCAGAAUAUGGAAAUAGUAUGGGUACCUACCCUAGGGUGUCUUUAUCCCACUCACAAUCAACUGCAGCAAAGACACCAUCCAAAGUCACCAAGAAACGAUCACGUCAGCAAGCUACUGGAUCGAAUUUUUUAGAGCGACUGGGAAAAGGUCGUCAUGAGAGUCCAACGAUGGCAAGCAAGAGCAAAGAAAACAAGAGUAGCGCGGAUGGCAUGAUAUACCAGGAAGAUUUGGACAGAGGUCAGUUUGGUCAGGGUAGCACAAUCUUGCCUCACAUCGACGUAGCACAUGGAGAUCAAAACACAAUAACCGGAGAACAAUACAUCUCUGAUAUCCAACGUCCGUAUUGCAAUAUCCCUGACGAUCACCAAGUGACCCAUAUUAACGGGGUGAUGUCCCUUCCUGCCACCCGCGAGACGAGAUACGGCAUCACCUUAGGGGAACUUAAACGUAGGACUGGUUUCCCGGAGUAUUUAACCCGGGUAGACCUCAUUGCCUAUGUUCGCCAAUCAAAAAGUGCAGGUCGUGCAUUGCUCGAUAAAUAUAAUAUCUCCACCGCUGGACAGAAGUCCCGACCUACUAUUUUAUCAAAGAUGUGUGAGAACGAGGCACGAGUGUUAGGAGAUGGUAUAUGUCGAAUGAAUAACGAGUAUUUUCCGUGGAAGGCUCUUGCAAAGGUGGCGUCCAAUAAAACCGUUGAAGGAAAAGAUAGCGAUGGCAAGGUUGAACAAAAACUUAAAGCCAUCCAAAAUACAAGAACGAUGCUAAAAGAAAUGUAUGAUCUCAUGGUGGAAAACAAAGACAUAUCCUGCAUGAAGACGUUCGAGGUUGCUUCGCAUACGUUUGGCACAGCGAAUAUUCUCAAUCACCUCACCAUAUUUGAUCGGCUUUUCGCGGAGUACCAGAACAACUUGAUAAGGAAUAGCGGCGAAAAUUUGUAAGUUUUGCAGCUGAAAUAUGAACGAAAGUUGAACAACGCAAACUUUUUUAUAUAAAAUUUGAUUGUAUGAGUAGUUUAGGUUUGUAGGGAAAAUAAUAUAGUUUCGGUCUGGAAAGUAUAUUUUAGCACAAAAAUAGACAUAGUUUUAGUUUAAAACUCUUUAUAGUAAAGAAACUUUACAUUUAACCCACGUGUGCCUGACAUGUAAUGUCGCUAAAAAACUUUGCAAAAGUUGUGAACCAUACAUAUAUAGGCAAUUAUUUUUAUUCUAAGUUAAGAUGAUUGUAGGUAGAUAGAUCUUUUUGUUUUCGAAGUUAAACUUCUGCGCACCAUUUGCUGCCUAAAAUAAGUUUGUUUCAAUGCGGGAUGUCUUUAGUAUGAAAUUUUACGUCGUAUCAACCUCAGGGUUAAAAAAACAGGAGAAUGUUGAAAAUUGAAAUUGCAAGCAUAUAAAACAUCCUUUGUAAUAGUCAUCCAGCAUGACGUAACUGGUACACCAAAAGCAGUGACCUCUAUUUAAACUGGAAGGAUAACUUGGCCGUCAACUUUAGAGCCGAUUUAAAGGUACCAGUGCCAGUCCAUUUCUAUUGUUUUAGUCGGCACGGUUGACAAUCGCGCUGACGAGAACGAUAGGAGGGACUGGUAUUGGUUCCCAAUUCGGUUCAAAUUGGCUUCAAAGAUGAUGGC